AUGGCCGCGAAUGCAAUACAUCUGACGUUUCUGGUAGGCCUGGGAGCGCUGCUGCUGGGCCUAUGCUACGGGUGCAAGAUAUCGGAGUAUCCCUGCCGAGGCGGCGCAAGCUGCGUUCCCCUGGACAAGUACUGCGACGGGCGUGACGAUUGUGGCGAUGGCAGCGAUGAACCAAAAAUGUGUACAGUUUGCAACCGGACGUACUACGGGGACAUCGGCCGAACGUACACCCUGACCGUGCCGCCACCGCAGUGGAAUCGCUUACCGUUUCUGUGUCAUCUGACGUUUACGGCUUCCGGUCACGAACAGGGAGACAUUGUGCAAAUAAUUUUCGACAAGUUCACCGUCGGCCGGUUCGACGAGGGUCUCAUUGAUCCCGAUAUGGAUUCGAGUGAUGCCAGCCUCACGAUGGGCGGAGAUCUGCCCGGAUGUCCGGAAGGGUUCAUGCAGCUCAGCGAGUUGGGCCGCCCGUUUACCGGUGGCUCCUGGUGCGGGAAGGCUUCCGGUCACCAGCUGUACUUCAGCGAAACAUCCACAGUGACAGCAUCUGUCAAGGUCUUUCAUGCACCGAUGCAAGCGGGGACACCGUUCGAGUUCCGGAUCCGGUACAAAUUCAUAAGUCAAUCAGAGGCCAUUGUCAGAUACGGUGCCCCGAGCGAGCUGCUGGAGCUGGGCCGAGUGACGCCCGGAACGUACUGCACCCGGCAGUACGACGAGUGUUACCGGAAAAAGUGUCGCCUCCAAAGCCCCAACUAUCCGGGCAUGUAUCCGCGGAACGUCACCUGCUACUGGACCAUCCGGCAGAAGGUGGUGCCCACCUGCAAGCACGCGAUGGUGGCCAUCAGCCAGGAGAACGAACACAAGGCGCUCGUCAAGCGCUCCAUCGCCAGCCUCAACAAGACGGCCCGGGCCGUCCGUGCGUGGUCCGACUGUACCGGCGAGCGGGAUCAUCUUAUUUUCUACGACGGCAGCAGCACCAACGAUCCGGUGCUGGCCAAAUACUGCGGCGGCGACUGGUUGCCACGUGUCGUUUCCAGGGGUCCCGAAAUGUUGAUCGCGUUCCACUCGAGCCCAUUUUCGGCACCACUACAGUCCGGUCAGUCGAACCGGGGCUUCGAGCUGGACGUCGACAUCCUGUUCGCCGACUCCGACUCGUUCGACUUCGCCCAGGGCGGCAGCAAGUGUGAGUUUCACAUCAACGCCUCGAACCCAGAUGAAGUGUUGCUAUCGCGCCGUGGCCGCAUCGGGCAUCUGCUCAGUCCACGCCACACGCUGGCACCGAACACGACCUGCACGUACUACUUCCACGGGAUGCCGACCGACUUGAUUUGGAUCUCGUUCACGCACUACCAUCUGCAGAUCCUGCAGCCGAGCAGUGGCAGCAGCAGUGGCGGUGAUAACUCCACGAUCGGAAGGAGUGAUCCUCUGCCGUGGAUUACGCGGACCCGCAUCUGGGACAGCGCCGGUACAUUCGUGCCCGUUCGGACUACGUCACCGGCCAGCAUUCUCUCGUCCUCGUCGUCGUCGUCAGCCGGAGCAUCGCCAUCGUACGGUUCGACGGUUGCCGGUGGAGCUACGUCAUCGCUCCCGGGCAUGACAGCGACUACGGCCCUCUACCAGCAGCUCAUGAACCGUAGCGUCAACAACUACUACACCGCGGGCAAUCAGAACGGCAAGACCAUCAAGAUCAACGUGGACAACGUGUGGAAUCCGGUCGAUCAGUACAUCUACGGGCCGACGGUGAACAGUAUCUUCAACCAACCGCCACCGACGGCCCCGAGCGAUGGUGGUGGCCGAGGCCGAGGGACUGGAUACGGUGGACCGGAGAAGUACCCGAAGCAUCGGGGCAGCAAAUCGGAGCUGGGUGCCGGUAACUACGUCCAAUCGGUGCGCCACGGAAAGGACUCGUCCGACCUGGUGUUCAAAGACCACGGGCGCAAGGCCGGUAAAACGAACGUGGUGGUCGGUCCCGGGAGACGGUUGAUGGCGGAGUUCUUUGACAAUGAAGCGCCGAAGCUGUGCGAUCACAUGACGCUGGACGGGAAAGGACAUCGGAUGCGCCCGUGCACUCCACUCGAGAGCUACGUUAGCACCGGGCAGGAUCUGAAAAUUGAGUUCCACACGAUGACCGGGACGUCGCUGUUUCCGUCGAGUUUCGGCAUCAACUACGAGUUUGUGGACACCGAGCUGGGAGGCGAACCGUACCUGGGACCUGCGAGCAAGAAGCCCCGGGAUCCCCACGAAGAUCCUUCACUGGCGCUCGACCCCGCCGUUCCGUUGCUCUGCUCGCGCGUGUUCCGGAAACGGAAAGGAGACUUCCAGUCACCGCGGAACGUGUUCCUGCAUGGGCGAGGCGGUGCGAAGAACAUCUCCUGUCUGUAUCGCUUCGAGGCGUCCGUUGGAGAGCGGGUCCGCGUGGAGUUGUUUAACGUUUCGUUCGGUGAGUUUGCGUCCUGCGUCACGGAGAGUGAUGGGCAUACGGGUCGGGCCCGGUGCAGUACGCCGGAUGCGGAACCGGACGCACGUACCGGAGAGCUACGGAUCUUCGAUGUGCCGUACCCGGAUGUGCGUAUCCCGCUCGGGUGCUUCUGUGACAACACCAGCAGCACCUACAAUGCGCCCCUCACGUUCAUCUCGAACUCGCGCACCCUGGAGCUAACGUUCGUCGUGACGCGGCUCAACAUCUCGGAGGACUUUGCCGACGUGUACUUCCACGCGGCGUACGACUUUAUCCGGGUGCCAGAGUGUCGCCGGAGGUUGCGAUUGCGUGGCUCGGGUGGUGAGGACGAGCUACACUUUCCGCUCCGAUCGCACGAUGCCAGCUGCGACGGGUUGCCGUGGUACAUCGAGGCGCAACAGCAGGACCGUAGCCUGUUCGUACGGACCUGGGGCAGCUUUCUGCCGGUGGAGCCGACGAUCGAGGACUUUGCCAAGUGCAACACACGCAACCGGCUGAUCGUGUACGGGGGCGCUCCGCUCAAGGUGAUGCGUGUCAUCUGCCCGUCGGCCCCGUCCAGCCGGUCCGCGUCCCUGCACAUCUUCAGCGAGGACUGGCUGAGCAAUCAGCCGUUUCUCAGCUUCGAUCGACCCGUCAGCAUGGUGCUGGAACCGAUCCACAAGGAACCGGGCAGCAUCGGGUUCUCGUGGCUCGAGAUCCAGCGCACGAAGGCGUCCCUCAUCCAGCAGCUGGACCUGCAGACGAACUUCACCGCCAACGACACGCUGGUCGAGUUUGGGCUGUAUCCACGGGAAACCGAGUGCGAGUAUCGGUGCCCGGAGCUGGACGCUUGCAUCGGCAGCGCCCUCUGGUGUGAUGGCCGACCAAACUGUCCAUCCGGGUACGACGAAAGCGAGCAGGAGUGUGGCAGCCGGCUGAUCGAGCUGCCCGGCGGGAUCUACGCGGCGUUCGGCUGCGUGGCCGCCGCCAUCUCGGCCUGUCUCAUCUUCUGCCUGCUGGUGAUGGUGAAGAAGCGGCGCAAGGCGACCGAGAAGCUGAAGCCGUCGGCGGGGGCCGCCUCGCUGAACGGUACGCUCUCGAAGAAGGAGUACAAGAAGGAGCCGCUGUUCUUCGAUCCGGACUCCUGA